AUGGACGCCACACGCCCUCGACCAAGCAUUCUUUCGCUCUUCGACCCGCUGUCGACCCAGUCUGAACGCCCACUCUCACCCGACUCUGACAAGGAGAACCAUGGUGAAAUAUCCUUCUUCCACCCCACCAAGACCUCCAAGGUUGCCCACCCUCCUGUCUACAAACUCAGGCGUCGCCUCAUCGAUGUUGGAGAUAUGACCGUAGAUGAACCCGAUAUUCGCGAUCUCCUGGCGGAUGAAGUCGAAGAGCUCGGGGAAGAACUCAACCAGCAGGUCGCGAACGAUGAUGAGAACGCAACGCUGACGUUCAAGGACAUGGCCAAGGCGGCUACUCCAAAGUGGUCUGGGAGACAUGCUUCGACGGUGAAUACACCGAAAUCGCCUGUCACUCCACGGACUCCCCUUGCAGAUAUAUCCUUCAAGGAGGAGACAACUCCCAUGGCUCGCAAGAAACCGUACAAGCGUCAGAUUGCCCCUGUGGCAUCGAAAUUAGCUCAAACAAUCGAGCCAUCUAUUUCCAAGAAGGAUGGACUAAUUGAGCCUUCUUCGACUCAUCCCACAACCCCGGAGCAUCUGGUGCAACCUUCAUCUCCGACCAUCGAGAUUUCCUCCGACAAAGAGCAAUUGCUAACCGACUGUCAAGGCCAGCUUUUAGCUGGAGCCUCUCACCUAGGAUCCUCAGUAUGCACCUUGGAUUUACCGACGUCGUCGGACGCGCUACUGAACGACAUGCCAAUUUCUGUCCUCAUUUCACCUUCGUCGCCGCCUCAAACCACCCGAGAAACAUCUCCAUUUCUUUCACCCUUGGAGGGCACAAGGCUGAAACCUCGAAGCCCAAUUAACAAAUCUCACCGUCAUUCCAUCGAUUUGCAAGCAUCAUUCCAACUUCAACUCAAUGCAGACACGACCUUUGAUUUACUGAACGAUAAAAUAUCAUUCUUUGCAUCCAAGAACGGCCACGACUCCUUCCUGAAGAACUUGGAGGAAGAGGCGAGCUUUGACGAAGAAGAAUUUGAACGCGUUUCGUCCAAGUCUCCUCCGCCUCUUAAAGAACUUCACAUAACGAGCGAGAAGCGGCUUUCUCUAGUUGAGGACGAAAAGACUGACCUUCUGCUUGAACGCCGAGCUGACUCGCUUACUGGCAACGUAUCUGGUACUACAGCUCCAGAGAAGCCGCCCAAAUUGGUUGACAUUGAGUCACCUCCUGUAAGACAACCGAAAAGUAGGACGCCUACCAGUCCGGUCUUUUCCUAUGAUGAGAAACCCUCCAACGCCAUAUCGACUCCAUAUUGUUCCAAUACCGCUUUGCAGCAGCCCCCUCGUCCAGUCCCGGCCUUGAAAAUCGUGAAAAGGUCGAGAACGCUUCUCAGCCAACAAGCAGGUUCUGCAUCUACGGCGAUCGCUCCUUCUAGGCGAAGAUCAAGCAUCGCAUCAGCUCAAUUGCCCUUGCGUCGAACUACAACAGAUACUUCAUCUGAAACAACAUCCAUUAUUACCUCAAAGAAACGCCUGGAACCUCCUUUGGAAAAUAAAACGGCACAAAGGGUCUCUACUGCGCCGGCCUUUUCGAACCCUUUGCAGUCAGGGGAUGGGCCACGACGUGUCUUGAUAUCAGAAGGACCCAAACUUGCACCGGCUUCGAGGACUGUUACGCAUAGCGAACAGGGCAAAUCGACGGGCAGCGGACCACGUCGGAUUGCAUUAAUUCCUCCGACGAACGUAACAGAGAGAACAGAUGUGCCAGCGAAGCCAGUUGUGCCAGCUAGCAGUGGCAGCGGACUAAGGCAGCCGGUCAAGUACGCGACGAUUGGGCCCUCAUUAGCAUCAGCGAUCCCGAAGCCAAUUGGGCGACCUGCAGGCUCGAAGCUGCCAGCACCUUCGGGUAACAGCAAGCAACGAUUUGGGGUGUCGAGUCGGCGUAUUCUAUAG